CUUUGGGUAUUUUCAAUGAGGUGGUUGCGGUUUGAUUGGCAGUCCUAACCGAGUUGGGUUUGGGUUGGGUUAGGUUAGGUUAGGUUAGGUUAGGUUAGGUUAGGUUAGGUUAGGUUAGGUUAGGUUAGGUUAGGUUAGGUUAGGUUAGGUUAGGUUAGGUUAGGUUAGGUUAGGUUAGGUUAGGUUAGGUUAGGUUAGGUUAGGUUAGGUUAGGUUAGGUUAGGUUAGGUUAGGUUAGGUUAGGUUAGGUUCCCUCUCGCGGUGCGCCACCUUGUCGUGGUGAGAGGGCUCCCCUGAUGGUCCUUGUGGCCCCGAUCCCGGGUGGACUUGUCCGCUUGGGAGACGGGCCGCGGGCCGUCGGGGGUCUAAGAGCGCACCGUACGGCUUCGGCUGUACGUGUACGGGAGGGAGAGAAGGAAAACUCUGUAAAACCCGGUGAAGGACACACUGUCAACAAACCAAAUUUAUGGAAGAUGCCCAAAAAGAAGAAGGAUGUUACCGGCCCAGGGGUACUCGGAGCCCCAGGGCCCGGCGCGCAGGGGGGUAUAGUCCCGGCCCCCCCCGCGUCGUCAUCGAGCGGCGGGCAUCUUGCGUUAGUGGGGGUGUCCGGAGCCUCGUGGAAGAGGCUCUGGUCCGGCGACGGGGAUAACGUCGUCGAGGGGGUGGUGCGUGCGGCCCUGGUGCGGGACGCGCGCUCUCGCGAUUGGGACGGCCUCGUCCAGGCGUGGGACGAGGUCUUCCUCAGGUGGCGGGCAGAUGGGGGGAGCGAUGCGGUCAUGGUGGACCUCAUCGCUCGCCUAGUCUGGGACCGAGAGGGGAGGGCCGAGCACUUCAAGGAGAAGCGUGAGGCCCUCCUUGAAAGGUGUCGGGAUCUCGAGGAGGAGAUCAGGGGCCUGCGCGAGUCCCAUGAGAGGGAGGUCCGGGACCUGCGCGAGGCUCUUAAUGGUGAGGUUGCUCGGGGUCUGCGGGAGGCUGUCGGGCAAGGGCUCCGGUCCCGGUUGGAGGGUCUUCUGACCCGGAGCCCCGAGAGAGUGAGCCGGGGCACCGGCUCCGGGCAUGUGGACGUCGUUAACCGGCGAGUUGGGCCGGGGCGUCCCAUGCCCGGAAAGAGGGUCUCCAGGGGGACUGAUCCCGUAGUGUGGGAUCCGCCCCCUGGGGUUAAGGUAGUGGACCGCUGCGUCGGCACGGACCCGGUCGGGUGCGUGGACCGUUCGGUCGGCCCCGACUGUCCGGGCGGCCGGCGCGCGGUCGACGAGAGGGAUCCCGCUUUAGGGACGUCGGGGGGCGGGGGGGACACUGGCCAAAACGCACGGCCUUGUUCCCCCCAACCUCCGAGCGAGAGGGGUGGCCCCGGGUCGGGCGCCGGGAGGGCAGUCAUGUGCUUCCGGUGCCUGGUCCGGGGCCACAUUGGGCGUGACUGUCGGGGCCCGUAUCGUGGCAAUUUAUGCUAUCGGUGCGGGGCUCCGGGUCACGUGGCGAGGGGGUGCAGUGGGGCACUUAGGUGCCCAGUCUGCGCCGGUUCCGGGGGGGUCGCCGACCACAAGUUGGGGUCGGCGAGCUGCCCCGCCCGGCGGUCGGGAGGACGGCCGUGUAAGGGCAGUGGCGGCGAGGCGGAAAUUCCGAGAGAGGAAGAGGGCCGUCGGGGGUGGGGGGUUUGCCCCCCUCCCCCCCCGGCGGCCCGGCGAGCGGGCGGGGCUGGCUCGCGCGGGGCGUGGGUGGGGGGGACUUGUCCCCCUCCCCUGUACGGGAGGGCCCGGAAGCGGGCGGACAGGGCGGGACAUGGGGCUUCCGCGGGGCUGGAUGAGGGCCCCGCGGGACCCGCGUUGUUGGAGGUGCUCGCCGGGAUCGCGAGCAGUGUCGCGAUCCUGGCGAGACGAGUGUGGGGGGGCGAGGGAUGCGGCGUCACUCGUGGGCGUGGCUCCCUCGCUCUUUCCCGGCGGGUGCGCGGGAGCGGGGUCAAGUGGCCCCCUCCGCGCCCGUAGGCCGGUGUUGGUGGUGGCGCGCCGGUUCCGGGUCCCUUUCUGGGACCCCCGGGACCGGCGCGCUGGAUGGGGGG